CGUAAUCCUUUUCCUUCUGUUUCAUUUUAGGAGGCUUUUAUUGGUUGAAUGCAGUGGGAGGAUCACACCUGGAAGGAGGGACGGAGGUCCUACUCAUGGCAGUACCUGAAGCAGGAAAGCCUGGACAAGAAGAGGAAGGAGUUUGACACCAAUGGCUGGGCCCUGCUGAGCAAGAAGAGCCAGGAGAUCCCCCAGCAGAUGAACGGCAGCGACUGCGGGAUGUUCGCCUGCAAAUACGCCGACUGCAUCACCAAAGACAAACCCAUCAACUUCACCCAGCAACACAUGCCCUACUUCAGGAAGAGGAUGGCCUGGGAGAUCCUGCACAGGAAGCUCUUAUGAUGCCAGUGGAGAAGCGAGGGAUGGGAUCCGAAGUGCCCGGAUUUGCCCUGGAGAAGCAGCUCCAGCCCCUUCCCGGGGGGGCUCCAGGACGACACAGGGGAACCAAACCCCGGCUCCUGUCCCUGCUCCGAGGGCACAGGAGUGUUUGGAAGCACACUUGGGGGUUAUUUUUGGGGGGGUUGUUUAAUUUUUUUCCUUUUUUUUUUUGGGUUUU